AUGGACACUCCAUUACUCCCAAAUAAGAACUAAUCAGAGAAUUAUAGACAGAAUAAUACUUAAGAGAAGAAACAUCUGACCAAAGGCAUUUCCCUAGCAAUCUUGAACUCCUUUAUAUAAGUGAUGAUAGGCAUGCUUUAUAAACUUACUUUUAUAAACUAUCCAAAGUUAAACAGCCUGGAUAUUUAGUUUUAUAAGGGAGCUUUUGAGAUGAUUAUUAUCGCAGUUACUUUAGUAAUUCUCAGUAAAACAUAAUAUAAGAUUGCACUAGAUCAAUUUUAAAUUUCUAUUCCUGAGAGAAAAUGGUUAAUCGUAAUAGUUUUAUUUGGAUGCUGUGCAAAUUAUCUAGUGGUUACUGGUAUUAACUAUGUAUAUCUAGCUUUGGGAAGCCUACUUAACAAUACUUUCCCUAUAUUUACAAUUAUCGUAGCCUUUUUCUUGGUCAAAGAGUUGCCAAAGCCCAUUUAGAUCAUAAUAAUAUUUGCAACUCUAGGUGGUGUAAUAUUGAUGUCAAUAAAUUCAUUUAAACAAUCAGAGCCAUCUAAAUAGAAUGAAUUUCUGGGAGUUGUAAUGCUUAUUGGAUCUGAGAUAGCAGGGGCUGUGUCUUUUGUAUCCAUCAAGAAAAUAAAAGAGACUAACCUACUGAUUAUCUGCUUGCUAAAAUUCUUUGUUAUUUUCUUGAUAAGUGCCAUUUUUGUGGUGAUUAAUUACUUGGUUAUGUUUGAAUAAGGUAAAAACAUAUAUUUAGACAUGACUGGAUACUUGAUGCUAUUUUCCAUUGCUGCUCUUGAAAUAUUGAUUAACUUGCUGUUGUUUAAAUCAAUGCAAAUUGAGAAGGCAGGGUUGAUUGCAAGUAUGAAUUUCUUCUGUUUGAUAUGGGGAUUAAUAGGAGACGUAGUAAUUUUUAACUAGACAUUCACAAAUUAUGAAAUAAUUGGAGGUAUUAUAGUUUUUCUCUUUACUACAUCAAUAAUAUUUACAAACUGA